CCCAUAGACUUCCUCUAGAAAAAUUGAAACCUCUGUAACUUUUGAUUCCGAUCACUUAGAAACACAAAUUGAAAACUGACACAGACGGACGUCUUUGCGCUUUAUAUAUAUAAGGUUUAGUACAUAAUUAAGAAAUAUAGAUAAUAAAUUAGCGCCUCCACUAUUAUUGUCAUUCUCUAUGGGACCGCCUAUGGAGAGUGGCGGAAACCCGGGAACCGGGGAGGCUUCCGGGGAUGGCCGGGAAUCCGAGAACCCCGGUGAAGGCCUUCAAAUUAGGGCCGGGAACCCUGGGGGAGGCCUUCAAGGGUGGCCGGGAACCCCUGGAAAGUUCGAGAUCCCGGGAGAGCCUGGGAAAGUCUACCAUGCUCGAUACUGUACAAAUAUAAGAAUACUAGUAGAUGUGAGUUUUUAUUUGGUCCGUACGUGCGUGUUAACCAACAAGCAAGGGAACCCAUUGAUGGGUUACUCACCGCGGAUGACGCUCCAUCGAUCGCUUCGCUUGCGACCAGUGGAACCAUGGGCAGAGACAAUGAUAGAGGAAGAAAGAACACUAAAGCCAGACAGAGAAGUUGCCCCAUGUCGAGGUUCAGCCCUGCUCUUAGAGGGUGUAUUUUAUGUUGAACAGGGGGAAAUGAAGAGUAACAGAGAUAGAUAUGAUAUAGAUAAAAGGAGAUAA